AUGCACACCAGAACAGUUGCCAUCACGGAACAGCCGAGUUUGGGAUAUACCACUCCUGCAUUGGUGGUGCCAUCACCCCCCCUUCGGGAUAUACGUGGCAACCUCUCCCAAGGGUUUCCUCCUUUGCGUUUCAUCCUUCUGCAUAAGGCAUCACCUACUUCCUCGCUGUGCUGUGAGUCCCAGGCCCUCUGUAUUUACCCUUUCGCUUUACAUCACUGGCGAAUUGAUGUGCUCCUGGCACAUAAGAGGCGACCAGGUUCAUCAUCACCUUCUCCACCUCCACCACCGACUGCGGUUGUGCACGGCUCGACAACGAUGUCUUUCUGCUUACCGACAGUGCGGAUUAUUGUCACCUGCAACGCGGAGCGGUACCAGGUGGUCGACAUCACUGGUGCGACCAAUGGGUCGUUUAUCCGGGAACGUGUCUUGUCAAAGUUAUGUAUUCCGGAUGAUCGUUAUUCUCGGUUUCGCGUCUACCAAGCCCAAGUAGGCACAUAUGCCCUUGGUAGCGCUCUGUCAGACGCGAUGCUGUUUGAAAUAUGUCUCCAGCAAGGCGACCCGUCAGGGUCGCUGACAUUCUUUGUGUCUACUGCGCCAGAUCGACCACCUAAACCCACGGAGCCUGAUUAUUCGGACACUUAUCUAUACUCUCAGUCGGUUGAGAUUGAGUCAAUUUCAGACAGCUCAGUUGGGACAUCUUUCGUUGCUGUAUAUUACCGCGCAUGUAAGAUAGGUCUGUAG